AUGAGUCUCAUGCAAUUUCAGGCCAACGGAAUCAGUGGACGUCUCGAUGAAGACUACUUCAGAUCGCAUAAACCGUGUGCUAGAGGUCCAGCCUUUUUCAACAUAAGAGAGGUGACGGCUCGAAUCCGUGUUCCGCCGGGCGAUUAUGUGAUUAUUCCGUCAACGUUUGAACCAAAUCAAGAGGCUCAAUUCUUGCUUAGAAUAUAUACGAAUGGUUUCAUAGAAUCAGAGUCAGUUCCCAGUUGUUUUCAAAAAAAAUUUCUGUAUUCUUAA